AUGGGCAAACCACGCGCAGCUCGUUCACUAGCUGAUCAGCUUGCUGAUUUUGAAGAUCCAACUCCUAAAGACUUUGACCCCGAGGACAUCGAUAAUGGCCAACAAUCAAGCGACGAUGAAGAUGAAUAUGAAGAGGAAGUGAAUACAGGCAGAGAGCAUUACCAGACUGUUGGGAAAGCGAAGCUCCGCAAAGAUGAUCCCCUCACUCUGGGGAAACAAUAUGAUGGUGCCCGGGUCAGCCGGGCCGCGCUAGGCGCCGAAAGUGAAGAAGAAGACUCAGAAGCCCUGUCCUCCGAAGAGCAUGAAGAGGCGUCCGACCAGGAUGUGGCCCAGCGAGACGAGGGCGUAGAGCCACAAGACAGCGAAGAGGACGAGGAGGAUGAAGAUGAGGACGAUGGCGUAGAGGAGGAGUGGGCCCAUGUUGUCGGCAGCAAGUCGAAGAAGAGCCGUGAAGAAGUCCUUGAUGGCGCGACAAACGAUACUGUUAGCAGCAGCUCGAAGAAGAACCUCCAACCAGUGCCACAUGGCGAAAACGGACCGUCGGGUGACCGCGACGAGAUUCGGAAACUAAUGGCGACGGAUCAGAAAACUAUCGCUGCGACAAUAUCCUCGGCAGCUAAGGCCGAUGCUACGAAAGGAAAGGCUGUCAAGCAACAACGUACCACUUUUGAUGCGCUCCUUAACGCGCGAAUGAAACUUCAGAGUGGAUUGACUUCUGUCAAUGGUAUUGCUGCUGUUUUGGGUUCGAAGAAUGAAGCUGAUGCAGAGAACGCGAUGAAUGAUGAAGAGGAGGUGGUUGAUGAGGAAGCAAUUAAGUCGGCAGAGUCAGCUGCACUUGCAUUGUGGUCAACUCUCGAAGGGUUACGUACCGCCUUGGCCGAUGCUACCGCCAAAGAAGGCAGCAAAAAACGGAAGAGACCCUCCCCCGCCUCGCCUAGUACUAGCUCUGCCUCGCUAUGGGAACGUAUGGCUGAAUUGGAGUCUGAGUCCAUUUCCCACCGUCGUUCUGUUCUCGAUAAGUGGUCCUCAAAAGUCCGUGGCACUUCUGCAUCUCUCCCCAACGCCAGAGGCAAGCUGCUCGGUUCUUCCAGUCGCCAACAGACCAUCACCGCCGUCCUUGAUGCCCAAGUCGCCACAGAGAUUGGAGAAAGAUCCUCCAAGCGUUCGCGCACAUCUGAACAACAAGAACCAUUCUACGACGACGGAGCUUUCUAUCAGUCCCUUCUGCGCGAUCUCGUUGAACAGCGCAUGUCCUCCGAUUCCAUGACUAGUGGCUUUGACAACCUGCACCAGCUGCCCUCACGCCUGCCCAUUCACCCCAUCACUGGUAUGCGCAACGACAAGGUCAAGCGAGACAUUGAUACCCGUGCUUCUAAGGGCCGCAAAAUGAAGUACACUGUGCAUGAAAAGCUUCAGAACUUCAUGGCUCCUGAUGACCGUGGUACCUGGUCUACACGCGCACGUGAUGAGUUCUUUGCUUCUCUACUCGGUAAAUCGGCCAGUGGUUUGCUCGGUGAAGGUGAUGAGAGUGCCAGCGAUGAAGAGGAUGAUAUCGACCGGGAAGAAGGUGGUUUGAAACUGUUCCGGAACUAA